AUGUAUUGUCUUUUCAUUUCAGGGUGUGGAGACACUGCUGUUACAUGUGGGAGAACGAGAAGAACGGUGUCAAAUAAAUGCUGCGUGUUCCCCUUUACAUACGAAGGAAAACAGUACGACACUUGUAUAUGGGGAGGUCCAUCGACUUCUUAUUGGUGCGCCACCACGGACAACUUUGAUCGAGAUGAACAGUGGGAUAUCUGCAAAGGUAUCAUAUUGAGAAAUUUAAUCGAAAAAAAAGUAUCAAUGAAACGUUUUAACUUUGUCUCUAAACAUUAAUGUAAACAGAAAAGUCAAGCUAAAUGAGGCUGAAAAAACUGCCUAAAAUCGAUACGGUACGGAGUGUAGUACUUGAAUGAAAUCGUCGCAUCGCAUUUUCUUUCUGGCACAAAAAUCGCACCGAGUUUUUUGAGAGAUGGCGUUUCGCGUAUCAUAAAAAAAGAAUCAGGUCUUGUGCUCGAGAACGCACUAAAUCUAUGGGACCUGUUUAUAUGAGAUGAGCCAGCCUGGUUAGCCGGACUGGCCCACUUUACCGGGCUGUCUCGGCUCCUGCCCUCUUUUCUCUUAAAAUUGUCAUUGUGUUUAUUUGAGAAGGCGGGUCAGCCUUUCCAUGUAAACACAACACAAAUUUUAUGAGGAAAUAAUACAUGCUUUUAUCUAUUCAUACGUCUUCAAAGCAAUUUUUAGCCAUCUUAAUUCUUAUAUAGCGACAUUUACAGUUGUACGUUUUAGUUUUUAUGUUAAAUCUAGUUGUUGUAUAUAUGUAAUAUAUUUUUAAUUCUCUAGAUUAUACGACAAUUUUAUGUUAGCACGUACGUAUAUGGAACGAGCUUUUUAGCUCACUAGACGUUACGUGGAUAAAUAAACGAUUGAUUGAUUGAUUGAUUGAUGAUCCAAGCCAGCCCUGGCACGGCUAACCGGGUUGGCUUACCUCACAUAAACAGGCCCAUAGUCUCAGUGUGGCCGUGCAGUAGCAGGGUGUCCGGGCGCCCACUUGUUGUAGCGUCUGCAGCGAAGGCUAAUUAAAAGUAAAAGCAAACCAGGGUAUACAGACCUAAAAAUACCUGUGUAUAACCAUAUCUUACACUAGAAUAAGAUAAAUUAGUCUCUGGUGUCUUUCACAGGCGUGAAGUGCUACAUAUGCACUAGCGAUGUUUCAUGGUCGCACUGCGAGUCUUACCAGCAAGCACACACGUGCCCGCACAUAUACGACGAAUGUCUAAAACUGAGCAAGGAGGAAGAAAACACUUACUCCAGUAAACUCUUCCGUAAAAGAUGUACUUCAAACAAGCUAUGUACAGCAUGUAAUCCAACAUGUGAAGGCCCAGAUGUUGUGAAAUGCGACUUUAGCUGCUGUAUGGGAGACCUGUGCAACGCGGCUUCUUAUGCACAAAUUGAGCGUUUGGGUGUAUUGAUGGUUUCGGUUUGGGUUUUGUUUUUGUACUCUUGA